AGCAAAAGAAUGCGCGAAACCUAAUAACCAACCCGAUUGAGAUCCUGAACGAGAACUAUGUGAUUUCUUGUGUUACUCUAGACAACAAAUUCAAUACCACACAUAGAUAACUUGGAUAGAAAGAGAGGAAAUUAAAACUGAAAUUCUUCGCAAAAGAAUCUCUUGAGAAAACAAAGAUCGCAACUUUGUAAAGAAAGUCAAUAUCUUUGGAAAGAUUUGUGCAGGAAGAGAGUUUUUAUAUAUAUAUUUUACAUUGAUGAGAUACAGGCAGUAGCUUUCACUGAUGGGGAGAGGGAAGCCAAGGGCAGUGGAGAAAGGGGUAUUAGGGCAAAGCCCAAGUGCAUCGAGAAGCGGAUCCUUCAAUAUACCACCUGCACCUGUUUAUUAUCCGACAGAGGAGGAUUUUAGGAACCCUUUGGAGUAUAUAUAUAAGAUCAAGGGAGAGGCAGAGAAGUAUGGUAUCUGUAAAGUUGUACCUCCAAAGAGCUGGAAACCUCCAUUUGCAUUGGAUUUGGAUUCAUUCACGUUUCCCACAAAAACUCAGGCGAUUCACCAGUUGCAGGCAAGAUGCGCUUCGUGUGACCCCAAAACAUUCGAAAUUGAGUAUAAUAGGUUCUUAGAAGAGCAUUGUGGUCGGAGUGUGAAGAAGAGAGUUCUCUUUGAGGGGGCAGAAUUAGAUUUCUGUAAACUAUUUAAUGCGGUGAAGCGGUAUGGAGGAUAUGAUAAGGUUGCAAAGGAUAAGAAGUGGGGUGAAGUUUAUAGGUUUGUCAGGUCAAGCGGGAAGAUCACGGAGUGUGCCAAGCAUGUGUUGAGUCAGUUGUACCUUGAACAUUUGUAUGAUUAUGAAGAGUAUUGUGGCAAGUUGAAUAAGGUUAGCAAUAAGAGUUGUAAGCGAAAAGCUCACCAUUAUAGAAAAAGUGUGCCGCAUCCUGAAACUUCUGGUUUGAAGAGAAGGAGAAAUAAUACCAAUGGUGAGAGACAUGAUGAAGUGGACAAGGUGGAGGAGGAAGAGUUUGACCAAAUAUGUGAGCAGUGCAAAAGUGGUACACACGGCGAAGUAAUGCUUCUCUGUGAUAGAUGCAACAAGGGAUGGCAUAUUUACUGUUUAUCACCACCUCUAAAACAUGUUCCACCUGGCAAUUGGUACUGCUUGGAGUGCUUGAAUUCUGAAAAGGACAGCUUUGGUUUUGUGCCUGGUAAGGAUUAUACAUUGGAAGCUUUUAGACGUGUGGAUGACCGGGCCAAGAGAAAAUGGUUCGGGUCACCUGCAUCUAUAUCGCGCGUUCAACUGGAGAAGAAGUUUUGGGAAAUAGUAGAGGGAUUUGUCGGUGAAGUUGAAGUUCUAUAUGGGAAUGACUUGGAUACAUCUGUUUAUGGGAGUGGAUUUCCACGCAGAACUGACCAAAGGCUUGCAACAGUAGGAACUGAAAUAUGGGAUGAGUAUUGUGUUAGUCCCUGGAAUCUUAAUAAUUUGCCUAAGUUGCGAGGCUCAAUGCUACAAGCUGUCCAUCAAAACGUUGCUGGUGUUAUGGUACCUUGGCUUUACAUUGGGAUGCUUUUCUCUUCAUUUUGUUGGCAUUUUGAAGAUCAUUGCUUUUACUCCAUGAACUAUCAUCACUGGGGAGAUCCAAAAUGUUGGUAUAGUGUUCCUGGUAGCGAAGUCUGUGCCUUUGAGAAGGUUAUGCGAAAUAGUCUCCCUGAUCUAUUUGAUGCACAGCCUGAUCUUUUGUUUCAGCUCAUAACCAUGUUGAACCCGCGUGUCUUGCAAGAAAAUGGAGUCCCCGUUUACAGUGUCUUACAGGAGCCUGGAAACUUUAUUAUUACCUUCCCCAGAUCUUACCAUGCAGGCUUCAACUUUGGUUUAAAUUGUGCUGAGGCUGUCAAUUUUGCGCCUGCUGAUUGGCUACCUCACGGUGGUUUUGGAGCGGAACUUUACCAGCUUUAUCGCAAAGCUGCCGUGUUAUCCCAUGAGGAACUUCUCUGUGUGGUGGCCAAGAGUGAUUUGGAUAGUAAGGUCUCACCAUACUUAAAAAUGGAACUGGUUAGGAUCUAUAAUAAGGAAAGAACAUGGAGAGAGUUACUUUGGAUGAAUGGCAUAGUUAAGACUUCAACACUGUCACCUCGUAAGCAGCCUCAAUAUGUGAGUACUGAAGAGGAUCCUACCUGCAUUAUAUGCCAACAAUAUUUGUAUCUUUCUGCUGUAGUGUGCAGCUGUAGGCCAUCAGCUUUUGUUUGCCUUGAGCACUGGGAACAUCUUUGUGAGUGCAAGCCCAACAAACAUCGCCUUCUCUAUCGUCAUAGUCUGGCAGAACUGAGUGAUUUAGUGCUUUCUACUGACAAGUGUAGCUCUGAGGGUCCAUCCGAAAACAUCCAAAACCAGCCUCUCACCUCCACUGAUUCACCUGCACUAUUAAAGAAGGUUAAGGGUAACUCUGUCACCCAUGUGCAACUUGCUGACAAAUGGCUUUCAAACUGUGUCAAGAUUGUACAAAGUCCAUAUUCGUGUGAUGCUUCUUAUAUUGAUGCACUGAAAAAGGCUGAACAGUUUCUGUGGGGUGGUCAUGAAAUGGAUCAUGUCAGAGAAAUGACAAAGAAGUUGGUGGAAUCUCAGAGUUGGACUAAAAAUAUAAGAGAUUGCCUCUCUAGAUUAGAGGCAUGGUCAUGUAAAGGUGACUGUGAUUCAGAAAAGGUCCAAAUGGAGCUGGUUGACAAUUUGCUAAGUCUAAGUCCUGCCCAUUGUGUUGAUCCUGCCUAUCUCAAAUUGAAGGCUUACCAUAAAAAAGCAAAAUUUCUGAUUCAGGAAAUCGACUCCGUUCUUUUGUUAUGCCCGAAGAUUUCUGUAGUUGAAUUGGAGAACGUGCAAUCUAAGAUACUUGAUUCACCUAUCUCUGCAAAAGAAAGUGAAAAGUUGAUAUACAUGCUGUCUUCAGUGAAGGCCUGGGAAGAUGCUGCUAAAAAAUGCAUCUCUGAGAAAUCCCCUGCAGCGGUUGACGCAGAUGUUUUGUAUAAAUUGAAGAAGGAGAUUUCGGAUCUUCAAGCUGAGCUCCCUGAAGUUCAAAUUUUAUUAGAAUUAGCUGCAAAAGCGGAAUUAUGCCGCUCUCAGUGCCAAGAGAUGCUGGAAGGUUCUAUUAGCUUAAAGGAACUUGAAUUGCUUGUUAAUGAAUGGGCUGGUUUUACUGUUAACAUAAUGGAGCUUGAACUUCUAAAACAAUAUCACAAAGAUGCUCUGUCUUGGGUAUCCCGUGCUAAGAAAAUCCUUCUAAACAUCAGUGAUUGGGAAGAUCAAGAACUUGUUUUUGAUGAGUUGAUUUGCCUUCAGAGGGAUGCAUCUUGUUUGAAAGUUCAAGUUAAAGAGCUGCCAUGUAUUGAAUUUGAGCUAAAAAAGGCGAGCUGCAGAUCAAAAGCAUUGAAGGCACUUCGUAGCAGGACACCUGUGGAGUUUAUAGAGCAGCUGUUGGUGGAAGCUAUUACAUUGCAGAUUGAUAAAGAGAAUAUUUUUGUUGAUAUUUCUGAAGUGCAUGCGCUUGCUGUUUCUUGGGAAGAAAGAGCGAAGCAUUUACUUAGAACGAAGGCUGACAUAUCUGAAUUUGAGGAUGCUAUUAGGGCUUCUGAAAAUUUGGUGGUCAUUCUACCUUCUCUUGCUUACAUUAAUGAUGCCGUUUUGACUGCCAAGUCUUGGUUACUCAGAUCUAGACCUUUUAUAACACCCCAUUCGCCAGUGGCAUGUGCUUCUACAUGCUUGUUGCAUAAAGUUGAUGACCUGCAGGAGCUGGCAUCUCAGUCAAAGCAUCUGAAAAUCUCUUUGAGAGAACAACCCAUUGUUCAGAAACUUCAUGAUAAGUGUGUUGAAUGGGAGAUGCAUAGCUGUUCUUUGUUAAACGAUGCAGAUUUCCUUUUGAAUGUUGAUAUCACAGGAGAUGAUUUCUUUAGCAGUCUCAUCCCAAAAAUUGAACAUCUAAUCUCUUCAAUUGAGUGUGCCAUACAAGCCGGUGACUCUCUUGGUUUUAAAUUCGACAUGAUAUCUAAACUUCGAGCUGCCUGUUCUACUUUGAAGUGGUGCGUCGAGGCUCUUUCUUUGUCUGCAAUGAGUCCUUCCAUUGAGGAGGUGGGGAAAAGUUUGGAAAUUGUUGGCCAUUUACCUACUAUGCAUGCAUCUUGUAAGUUGUAUUCUGCGCUGUUUGACGGGGUAAAAUGGCUUAAGAAAGCCUUGGAAGUUUCAGUUCGAUCUAACGUCAGUAGAUCCAACUUGGAGGAUGCUGAGGAAGUUCUUAGGCAGUCUCAGAAUAUUCAGAUGUCAUCUUCUGUGAUAGUCUCUCAAAUCAAGAAUGCUAUUGCGAAGCAUAAUUUGUGGCUGGAGCAAGUGAAAUCAUUUUUUAGUCUCGACUUAAAGGAUCGGAAACUAGGCAUGUUACUGCAGCUAAAGGAACUUGGAAGCAUAGAUGCAUAUAACUGUUCUGAAAUGGACAUGGUUUUCUCUGAGGUUCAUAAAAUAGAGGAGUGGAAGUGUCGCUGCAUGGAUAUGUUAUGGUCUUCUAGAGAAGCAAUCAUACUACAUAGUGCUCUUUUAGAGAUUAGAAAUGCUUUUGAUAUGGCAUUUUGCAUUGUUGAGAAUUCUAACUGUUCCAAAGCCCAAGAUCUGUGUAUGUUCUGCUCAACCGAUAGUAACAACCGGAAUCUUUUGAUCUGUUCUUCUUGCAAUGGCUGCUUUCACUUGGGAUGUAUUGGACAACCAUUUUUGGCGACAAAAAGUAUUUCAUUUAUUUGCCCCUAUUGUGAAUUCACGAGAAGUGGGGAAAUCUCUACACAUGGUUGCAACUUGCUGAGAAUAGGACGGAAGCGUUUUUACUUGAAGAAGCUCAGAAAGCUUUUGUCAGAUGCUGAUGAUCUCUGUUUAUGGAUUGAUGAAAUAUGGUUGCUGCGUGAAAUCAUGGCCAAAGGUCUUCAGCUUAGUGCUCGCAUAGGCAAGAUGCUGGAUUCUGCAUUAGUUUGUCCUGACAAGGAAGAUCUAAGUAUUGUUUCUGGAAAACUGUCUGUUGCAUUGAAGGCAGUAGAUGUGGCUGGAAUUUUUGCUUGCGAAGCAAACUGCAAGUUUGAGUUGGCAUUAGCAAGAAAUUCAUGGAGAGUUGGAGCUCAGAAUCUUAUGAAUGGUCCACAUAAGCCUACUAUUCAACACCUCCGGCAACAUUUAAAGAAGGGAUUUUCUAUAAAUGUUUCUUCCAAAGAUUACUUUAGGCAGAUAAUGACAGAAGCAAAGAAUAUCGGAUUGCAAUGGACUGAUACUGCAAAGAAGGUUGCUGCAGACGGUGGUAUACUUGGAUUGGAUAAGGUCUUCAAUCUGCUAUCGGAGGGAGAAAAUUUGCCUGUGAGUUGUGAGAAUGAACUGAAAUUAUUGAGGGAUCGGUGUUUGCUUUACUGCAUCUGUCGGAGACCAUAUGAUCAGAGGGCGAUGAUUGCCUGUGAUAAGUGUGACGAGUGGUAUCACUUUGAUUGCAUCCAAUUGUCUACCCUCCCAAAGAUAUAUAUCUGCCCAGCCUGUAGUGUCCAAUCAGAAGAUACUCCUGCUGAUGUUCCUUCACUAGCUGCUGAAGAUAGAUCUGGGGUUGGAAAAUUGAAGGAGCCCCAAACGCCAUCUCCUCGACAGACGGAGGUGAGAAGGAAGGUUGGAAAACCCAAUGCCGUAGAGAAGGAAGUAGUUGUAGUAGUCCCGCAGAGGCAGCGUGAUAUUGUUCCUCUGGGAUUGUUGUGGAGAAACCGCAAGACUUGUAAAAGAGUAGCUCGGAAACGAACAGACCUGAAUAAGCUUAUCCCCCCUAUUUUCUUCUGUACAGAACGAUAAGCCAAUGAUUCUUAUUGUUAAUGUUCUCAUUCAGUCCAUUACCAUUUUUGAGUUAGUCAAGUUUUAGUGGUGGGGUGGUUGGUUGUCCUGAAUGUUGUAUUCGUUUGACUAUUGCUUUUCAGUGAACUGCAAAGUUAUUCAUCCAUUAUAUAUAUAUUUUUUAAUUUUCACGUGUUGUACGAC